GGGGAGCCGAGCGGCAUCUCGGGCCCUGUAGUUCCGCACCCGGCACGACAUGGCGGCCUGCAGCGCUCUGGCGGCUCUCGCUGCCGCCUGCCUCCUUGCCGCCGGUGUCCAACCCAGCAAGUACUCCCGGGAGGCCAACGAGGGCCUGGCAGACGCCGGCGCCAGGCGCCGGGAGAGCGGGGAGUUUCGGGUGGUGAAGCUGAACCAGGUCUGGGAGAAGGCGCAGCGGCUUCAUCUCUCUGCUGUGAAACUGGCAGAGUUGCACAGUGAUCUAAAAAUACAAGAAAAGGAUGAACUCAGCUGGAAAAAAUUGAAGGCUGAAGGGCUAGAUGAAGAUGGAGAGAAAGAAGCCAAACUCAGGCGCAACUUAAAUGUCAUUAUGACCAAAUAUGGAAUGAAUGGAAAGAAGGACUCUCAGCUGGUCGAUACCAACUACAUUAAAGAUGGUACAGAAAGUGAUACACUAGAUGAUCCAAGACUGGAAAAGUUAUGGAGCAAGGCCAAGAGCUCUGGGAAGUUCUCUGCCGAGGAGCUGGACAAGCUUUGGCGAGAGUUUAAGCAUCACAAAGACAAGAUUCACGAAUACAACAUCCUGCUGGAGACCGUGAGCAGGACAGAAGAUAUCCACAAAAAUGUUAUCAACCCAUCUGAGGAGAACCUGGUGAAAGAGGAGAUAUUGCACAACAAGCACAGAGAACUCAAAGAGAAGCUGAGAAGCAUCAAUCAGGGCUUUGAGCGACUGCGUAAAGUCAGUCACCAGGGAUAUGACACCACCAGUGAAUUUGAAGAACCCAGAGUGAUUGAUCUGUGGGACAUGGCCAGAUCAGCCAAUUUCACUGAGAAGGAACUUGAAUCUUUUCGGGAGGAGCUGAAACACUUUGAAGCAAAAAUUGAAAAACACCAUCAUUAUCAGAAGCAAUUGGAGAUUUCCCACGAGAAGCUGAAGCACAUAGAGGGAACUGGUGACAAGGAUCACCUGAACAGAAACAAAGAGAAAUAUGCCAUGCUGGAAGAAAAGACAAAAGAACUGGGAUACAAGGUAAAGAAGCACUUGCAAGACUUAUCCAGCAGAAUCUCUCAAGGCCUUCCACACAAUGAGUUAUAAAAACAUAUUGUCCUUUAUGGGAUCAGUGUAUUAACACAGAAAAUGUGGAGUUUGAAUAGGACUGCCCAAGGAGUCCCUGAAAGAGCAAGGAUGGGACAAGGUUGUCCUGUUAAGAAUUCUUUUUUCCCCUUCACUCAAUUGCCAAGUUUGUAUUUGCACUACCAAAUGAAAUGAUUAGAUUAUAAAUGUGAGUUACACAUCUUGGAUCAUAGAAAUAUUACAUCUGAAUCAAGUAACAGCCUUUGAAAGAAGCAGUCAUGUCUGAAGGAAAAGAUGUGUAUUCACAGAUGAUUCCUGCUGAUGAGAAACAACCACUCUGACAGUCAGGAAAGGUUUUCUGAUCAAUGAAAGCAAACACCGAGGUACAGGGAGUUAAAAGAGGCCAGAAACGUCUUUUAUGUCAGUGCUUUUCCUACUGAAGGUAACAAAAGUAUUUCUGCUGCCUCUGAGCAGUGGGUCAGAGCUGCACUGUGUAUGAAUCUUUCAUGUGAGGGGGAGGUAGAGGGAACAAGUAUUGAGAUCAAGUUACAGACUUUAGUUACAGACUAACACAUAGGAGGUUACUGUGUAUGUACAAUUACCUCGUUCAUGGUUGCUGCGGUUUGUUACAGUUAGUCAUUAAAAACAUCCCAACUGUA